UCGAGCACUACCAUACCUGGUACCGUAAUUGAAUCGUACCAGUCCGUGCAGUUUAUUGUCCGUUCAUCUGGGCCUACUACAAUUGUGAUAGACGUGAGUUUGCUGCAAAUAGCUGUAUUAUACUCCAAACUUGCUGUUCUCCAUACCGGGUCUCCAUAUAUGCUUGGAUACAUAUUAUCUCGAUAAUCUUUUCCAACUCCAAUGCACUAUUUGUUUAUUUAGGAAGUAGGUCGGUCUCGCGUCAGAUCUCGAACUUUUAAGGCUUCAUUAUUUUGUUAGAAGACCGAACAAAGACGUCUAUGAAUUUAGCAGUUUGCUUUCAUUGUACAGGAAUUGUUUAAUAGUUGAAUUCAGUGGUGUUCUGCAAAAGAAAGAUACAAAGACCGUAAAUGAUGGGAAACUGUAAAUUGACCAUGCUGGUAUUAACAGCAUGUCUGCUCCUGAACGUAUUUCUAAUCGACGUGUCUUGCCUUACCGAUGACGAGAUCAACGAGUUCGGAGCAAGAAACCACACCGACUCAAACACCGGUCUCCAAGGAUUCAUCACCAUUGCUGAACACAAUGACGACACAUAUGUGGUGACAUCGAAUGGGGUUCCCGAUCAUACCGCUGGACUCUUCGCUAUCCGUAAGGACGCCGUUGGCAUUCUCGUGCAGGACUUUGAGUUCUUCAUCCCCAAGAACCCGACUUCGUCGAACGCGAAGUACGAGUUGCCGAUGGGGCCGGUCGGGUUGGCGCUCAAUGGCGUUGCCCUCUUUAACCCGUACUCCAAUGAGGGAACCGACGCCGUGGUCACAGAGGCAGCGACCUUCGAUGAAUGCGAUGGUCACCCAACACCCAUGGGCAUCUAUCACUACCACAGCAGUCCUUUCUGCGUGUUCAGCGACCGAGAUAACGUACCAUCAACCAUCAUCGGGGUGGCCCUGGAUGGGUUCCCUAUCUAUGGCCCGAACGACGAGAACGGCAACGAACUGUAUACUGCGGAUCUUGACGUAUGUCACGGCCGUUACGUCGACGGUAACUACCGUUACCACAUCACAGAGGAUUUUCCGUACAUCUUGGGCUGUUUCCAUGGAGAGGUCGACAGCAGGAACCUAAGACCAAACCAGGUCCUACCAACGGUAGACACUGACAGUAAGGCAAGCACCAUUGUACAUGGUAGUGUAACCAUGGUGACGGUACUGACUACCUUACUCGUUAUUUUGUUUUAAUCAUUUUAAGAGUCCUGUCCAUUUCGACCAAAGCCCAUUGUAAUCAUUGUAAAAAAACCUUUAUUAACUUCGAUAACAACGUCCUCUGUCAUUCAAUAAUUCUUAAUUAUUCUUAAUACUUACCUUAAAUGCAUGCAAGAAAAAUACAUGUAUGUCACUGCAUUCUCUUUCAGACAUGUUUCUGUUUGUAUUUUGCAAAGUCAAAAAUUUCUUUAUAUACAC